GGACGUUCGCGCCGCGGCCGCCGGUCCGGAUCCGCCCGGCGCCUUCCGGUUGGGGAGGAAAAGCCUCCUGAGAGCGCGGCCCGGCGAAUUCCCAACCUGGAGGCCAAGCCGCUCGCAGCCGGAACGAGCCGCCUGGGGCCGGUCGGGAGCCCAUCACGCGGGUCCAGGGUCGCCGCGUAGCCCGGGGUCGGGCCGUGUGCAGCGGCGCUGGUGUUUGCACACGGGGACAAACCGCCCUGAAACUCCCGCCGGGAGCCGAGCGUGCGGCAGAGGAUCGUGGUGUCAGCCUGCAGGUGCUGACUCGGUACUCGGGCUCGGUACUGACAGCACUCCUGCCACCGGCUCCUCCCGCUUCUGUCCUUAGGCACGGCCUGAGGUAAGGACGCGGGGAGCAGGACCCGACACCACUGCGCACAGCACCUCGAGGGGAGGUGACUUAAGUACCAGUGCCCAGGUCGCAACACAGCCGGGCGGGGAGGACUGAGCACCGGGUGCACGGAGUGUGCGAGGCCGACACGUACACGGAGGAGCGGGACAGUGAGGAAAUCAGGGUCAGCCUGGGCUACACCGACGGUCUGAGCCCAGCCCGGGCCACACGGCGUCCGGCCAGCCUGGGCUACACGACACCCUGUCCCUAAGGAAACACGCAGCUGCAGUGAACAUGCGCCGCCACACCUGCUGCUGGGGGAGUGCCGCGUGGGUGCUGGUGUGCGUCCUCCUGAUGUCCCCACCCUCGUCCGCUGCGCUGUCUGCUUCACAGCCCAACAUCCUGCUGCUCAUGGCUGACGACCUGGGCAUCGGCGACCUCGGUUGCUAUGGCAACGGCACCCUCAGAACUCCGAACAUCGACCGGCUGGCGGCUCACGGCGUGCGGCUCACACAGCACCUGGCAGCGGCGUCCGUGUGCACACCGAGCCGCGCCGCCUUCCUCACCGGCAGGUACCCCAUCCGCACAGGUAUGACGUCAGGCAACGGCUUCCGGGUUCUGCAGUGGGCUGCGGGGUCCGGGGGGCUUCCGACCACAGAGAUCACCUUCGCCAAAAUACUGCAGGAGCGCGGCUACGCCACCGGCCUCAUCGGAAAGUGGCACCUCGGUCUGAACUGCGAGUCGUCGUCGGACCACUGCCACCACCCGAGCAGCCACGGCUUCCAGCACUUCUACGGCAUGCCUUUCAGCAUGAUGGGCGACUGCACGCGAGCUGUGCUGUCCGAGAAGAGGCUGCGGCUGGAGCACUCUCUGCACACGGCCUUCCAGCUGGCGGCGCUGGCCGCACUCUCCCUGGCCUCCGGGAAGCUCAUGCGCCUCGUCCCUGCGCCCUGGGCCCUGGUCGUCCUGCUGGGCGGGGCCGCUGCCCUUCUGCGCGCCGCAGAACACCACGUGGGUGACGUCAUUGUCUACGCUGACUGCUUCGUCAUGAGAAACCACAGCAUCACGCAGCAGCCCAUGAAGGUGCAGCAGUUCACAGGGCGGCUCCUGGCGGAAGUGACGUCAUUCCUGCAGCGGAACAAGCGAGGCCCCUUCCUGCUGUUCGUGUCCUUCCUGCACGCACACAUCCCGCUCAUCACGGAUGAAGCCUUCGUGGGCAGAAGCACGCACGGGCCGUACGGGGACCACGUGGAGGAGUUGGACUGGAUGGUUGGAUACAUCCUGGACGUGCUGGAGAAGGAAGGACUGAGCGGCCGCACCCUGGUCUACUUCACGUCCGACCACGGCGGCCACCUGGAGGCGCAGCUGGACGGCGUCCAGUAUGGCGGCUGGAACGGAGGCUACAGAGGCGGGAAGGGCAUGGGCGGCUGGGAAGGCGGCAUCCGCGUCCCCGGCAUCUUCCGCUGGCCGGGGGUGCUUCCGGCCGGGCGCGUGGUGGACGAGCCCACCAGCCUCAUGGACGUCUUCGCCACGGUGGUCGACCUCGCCGGCGGCCAGGUGCCGCAGGACAGGGUGAUUGACAGCCGGAACCUGCUGCCGCUGCUCCUGGGGACCGCACAGCACUCAGACCACGAGGUCAUGUUCCACUACUGCCAGAUUUUCCUGCACGCGGCGCGCUGGGUGCAGCGAGAGCGAGGCAAAAUCUGGAAGGCGCACUACAUGACCCCGGUCUUCGAACCCGAGGGCACGGGCGCGUGCUACGGGCGCGGCGUGUGCCCCUGCUUUGGGGACGGGGUGACCCUGCAUGACCCGCCGCUGCUGUUCGAGCUCUCGGCGGACCCUGGGGAGAACCACCCGCUGACGGCGGAGACGGAGCCCGCGUUCGAGCAGGUGGUGGCGACGCUGCAGCGGGCAGCGGCGACGCACCGGGCGACCCUGCUGGUGAUGCGGCAGCAGCUCGGUUCCAUCUACAACGUGUGGCGGCCCUGGUUGCAGCCCUGCUGCGGCCGCUUCCCGCGGUGCUGGUGCGACACCGAGCUCGGUACCCCCAACGGCCAGCCCGGUAUGCACGGGCACUCGCCGCUCUGAGCACCGCGGCCGAUCCGGAUCUGCUGAUUCACGUGCGGAGGACCCAGUCCCCAGCACCCGGCACGGUCUCCUGAAACUGCACUCCGGGACCUGGUCGUUUCAGGAAGAUGCCGUGGCCGAGCAGCUCGAAGAACUCGGCACGGUGGAUGCUGGGUCUUCACUGCAGCCAACCAUGCAGAAGCCACGGUGUGGACCGCUUUUACCACACAUCGUCCUUACUAGUCCUGGCUCCUCCCCGCCCGUGUCCCCACUGUGCGCUCAGUGCUCAUCCGCAUCUGUGUCCCCACUGCUCAGUGCUCCUCCCCAUCCGUGUCCCCACUGUGCGCUCAGUGCUCCUCCCCGUCUGUGUCCCCACUGUGCACUCAGUGCUCCUCCCUGUCUGUCCCCACUGUGAGCUCAGUGCUCCUCCCCGUCUGUGUCCCCACUGUGCGCUCAGUGCUCCUCCCCAUUCGUGUCCCCACUGUGUGUUCAGUGCUCCUCCCCAUCUGUGUCCCCACUGUGCGCUCAGUGCUCCUCCCCAUCUGUGUCCCCACUGUGCUCAGUACUCCCCAUCCAUGUCGCCACUGUGUGCUCAGUGCUCCUCCCCACCCGUGUCCCCACUGUGCGCUCAGUGCUCCUCCCCGUCUGUGUCCCCACUGUGCGCUCAGUGCUCCUCCCCACCCGUGUACCCACUGUGUGCUCAGUCCUCCUCCCCAUCUGUGUCCCGCUCAGUGCUCUUCCCCAUCUGUGUCCCCACUGUGCGCUCAGUGCUCCUCCCCACCCGUGUCCCCGCUGUGCGCUCAGUGCUCCUCCCCACCCGUGUCCCCGCUGUGUGCUCAGUGCCCAUCCCUGUCCGUGUCCCCACUGUGCGCUCAGUGAGCCCCACCCGAGUCCCCACUGUGUGCUCAUUAAAUCCUUUUAUGGCA